UUUUUCACUGUGUAUAUGAGUACGAAACAGAAACACGUGUGUAGAAGAGCAUCACAUUUGUGACAUAUCGCAAUUAAUUAUUAUAUUCUCCCACGUAACAGAAUAUAAAGUGUAUGAUACUUCAUGUGUGCAUAACGCUUCAAAUUUUGUUCAAACUUUGAUACUGAAGUUUGGACUGAAUCGAUAUACGAAAUAUCGACAAUAUCGGUACAAUAUCGUCUGUAGCUAUCACUAGAUGGUGUUGUUUGAAUUUUAGUCAGUGGUACAGCUGGCAGAAAAAUUGAAUCUGUACAAUAUAGUUUUCUAAUAUUUAUAUUUUAUGAAGCAUGUCUGCAGAUAAAAAGGUUGUACUAGUAACUGGUGGGACAGGAUUGGUUGGUAAAGCUAUUCAAAAUAUUAUUGAAAAGAAUGAAAAUGAAAAUGAAAGGUGGAUAUUUGUAGGUUCUAAAGAUGCAGAUUUAUGUGAUAAAGAAAGUACAAAAAAAUUAUUUGAGAAGCACAAGCCUACGCAUGUUAUUCAUUUGGCUGCUAUGGUUGGUGGUUUGUUUCAUAACAUGAAGCAUAAUCUGGAUUUUUUGCGUAAAAAUAUUCAUAUGAAUGAUAAUGUAUUACAAACUGCUCAUGAAAAUGAUGUUGUCAAAGUUAUUUCAUGCUUGUCAACUUGUAUAUUUCCUGAUAAAACAACAUAUCCUAUUGAUGAAUCCAUGGUUCAUAAUGGACCACCUCAUCCAUCAAACUAUGGCUACAGUUAUGCUAAACGUCUUAUAGAUAUACAAAAUAGAGGUUACUAUGAACAACAUGGUAGACUUUACACAAGUAUUAUUCCUUGUAAUGUAUUUGGACCAAAUGAUAAUUUUCAUCCCGAAGCCAGUCAUGUUAUACCAGGUUUAAUGCGAAGACUUUAUGAUCUGAUCAAAGAUGGAAACACAGAAGAUAAAGUAUUUACUAUUUUAGGUUCUGGAAAGCCUUUACGACAAUUCAUUUAUAGUUUGGACUUAGCUAAGUUAAUAAUAUGGGUGUUAAGAGAGUAUAAUUCUGUGGAACCAAUUAUAUUAUCAGUUGAUGAGACUCAGGAGGUCACAAUAUCCCAAGUAGCUGAAGCAAUUGCAAAGGCCUUUAAUUUCAAAGGAAAGUUAGUAUACGAUACUUCUGCAGCUGAUGGACAAUAUAAAAAAACGGCAAGCAAUGCAAAGCUACGAAAAUAUUUACCAGACUUUCAAUUCACACCAUUCAAUCAAGCCAUUCAAGAAACUGUUGAUUGGUAUAUAAAAAACUACGAUCAUGCACGAAACUAAAGGAUGUUAUUUAAAUAUUCCAUUUACAAUAAUUUUGGCUGUGUGAAAGUAAGCAAAAUUUAUUAUUUAGUUAAAUUUAU